CAAUUUUUAAACGAUUUUGUCAGAACUCAGAAGUCAGAAUAUAACUAAUAUUUAUUUUGUAUAUCUAGAAAAUAAAUCCUAUUGAAAUAUUUUUCGUGUUCAAGUUGUGAAUAGUUAGUGAAAUGCCUUCGAAGCAAAGGAAAAUUGCUAUGAUGGGCUACAGAUCAGUUGGCAAAUCCUCUCUGAUUAUACAAUUUGUGGAAGGACAAUUCGUUGAUUCCUAUGAUCCCACCAUUGAGAAUACUUUUACAAAAUUCAUUCGACUUAACUCCACUGAAUAUGAAGUUAAACUGGUAGACACAGCUGGUCAAGAUGAAUAUAGUAUAUUUCCACUUCAGUACAGCAUGGAUUUUCAUGGUUAUGUUCUGGUAUACUCAAUAACUUCAAGUAAAAGUUUUCAAAUUGUACAAAUAAUCUACGACAAACUCUUAGAUAUGGUUGGAAAAAUUCAUGUCCCUAUUGUCCUAGUUGGAAAUAAAACAGAUCUACAUUUGGAAAGAAAAAUUAGUACAGAAGAAGGAAAACGAUUAGCUGAAAAAUGGAAUGCUGCAUUUGUUGAAACAAGUGCAAAAAGAAAUGAGUCUGUGACGGAUAUGUUUCAUGCAAUGCUCUCAGAAAUAGAGAGGUCAGAUGGUCACAUACCAGAAAAGAGUGGCUGUGUUAUUUGUUAAUGAUAAAGCAAAGCAAAUGCUUAAGUAAUUGUGAACAAAUCCAGGUGAUAGAUGUAAUAAAAAUGCAAUUGAGUUUAGCUGUUUAGUUUAGCUACAAUGUGUUCAUUUAACAGUUAACUUAUAAUUUUAAGCUGUAUCCCAUAGAAGAAAAUUUGUAAAAGGUGUACAAUUGGUAAAUGAUAAUUAAGUCAAGUAACAAAUCUUGCAAUGUUUGGAAUAUACCUAACUUUCUUUGUAAUUGUUUAUAUUGCAAGCACACAAGCAGUUCAAGCUGUCAUGUGCAUUUGUCAUAUUUUGUUAAUUUUAUAUUAAUUAAUUUAAAAUUAGCAUGUUAAGUUAUUCAGCAUGUCUUUUGUUUGUAAUAUAUAUUUAAAUGUAUAUUAAUACCAUAUAAACACUAAUUUUAAGUUAGACCUGCCAUUGUAUCUGAAUUUAGUUCAAACUUCAGGUAUUUUACAACACAUUAAUUAUUAGAAUUUGAGAUAUAACAUUCAUAAUAGAGUUUUAAUUGUUUUUUGUAUUGAUAGCAAAAUUAUCAUAAUUUAAUGAGUUAAAGCAGAAAAACUAUAUUUCCCGAAAUCUGAACUCAAUGUACCAAAGGCAGUAAGGUUGCGGGGUUCCAAGAAUUGUUUUGAAUUUGAAUUGUUUGAAACAAUUUCCAAACACCCAAUGUGUUACCUGUUGUCUUUAAAACAUAUUUUAUGUACAGGCCUUUUAAUAUAAAAUUUAGACUGUAAAUAAAUAUAAGCUCUAAGUUAUAAAUACAUACAUUAAUCUUUGAUUAAAAAUAGCAGCUAUCACUUGCAAUGAUUUUUAUUCUGAACUCUAAACUUAAUAGCAAGUGGUCAAUGAAUAUCUUUGCCUUUGUACACACACAAUAAGAGCAAAAAUGAUUUUGCUAGCACAGAAUUUGAUUGUUAAAAUUAAAAUCAUUGUACUGAAUGAAGCAUUUAACUCAUAUUUCAUUGGACUCAAAAAUAAAAGAGUCCAUACGAUUUUUUACAGAACUAGCUGCAGCAUAGCUUUGCUGGAAUGGAUAAGCUAUAUGCAAUUGACUUAUGAUUUUGUGCAUUUAAUUGCUUCUUAAGUAGUAGAUAGUAAGUUCAGAUUCAAGAUUAAAUUUAUUAAAAAAAAGCUGUGACCAAGUUUUCCCAAAUAUGACAAAAUCAUUAUAAUAUCUAAUGUCAGUUAAUUGAGGAACAAAUAAUAUUAUGAUUUUUUAAAUUUAAAUAACAUUAACAUGUAUUUGAAUACAUAUACAAAACUGAUUAAAAUUAUGAUGACAAAGAUUAUUUAUAAAUCCUAUAUAUAAAAAUAUAUUUCAUUUAGAUUUUUGUUAAUGUUAUUUGUACUUUGGAGCCAGAAUAAGCACCAAUAACUCUUGAUAAUGCCUACAUUUUAAAUAUUAACAACACACUCAGGGUAAGAUUUAAUCGAGACUUAAUACUAAGUAUGACUCUGACAUGUUUGGCUUAAGGUUGAAUUAAGUAACAUUGGUAUAUUGUAAUUAUAUUUGUAAAGUUAGUAAUAAUGACUAAGGAUACAUUUUAUUACGCUUAUAUUACUUAAAAUGGUUUAUAAUUUUUAUUUGUUUCCUUAUUAUUUAAAUAGAAUUUUUAUAAACUGAUUUUUUUACUUUUUGUUAAUUUACAGAACCUUCAACAAUAAGAUCGCUAUAAUUUGUUUGCUACAAUCGUUCAAAAUUUUAUAUGUGAAAUUGGAAUCAAUUGUGAUCUAUUUUAUGGCUAUGGCCCUCUUAAGGUAAGCUGUGUCUGUUUUGCGUAAACAAACCAAAGACAUUGGCAUGGCUGUGUUUUGUUUUAUUCUAAAGGUUUGGUCAAACAGCGGACGGGGCAGACGCGACGUGAGCAGUUGUAAUAUAGGACCCGACAUCAGACAUGUCACACAGAGCCAACGGUCGCGUCGCGUCACCAACCAAUACAAGAAAAGUACGACGGGACGGGGCGCGAACGGGGCGUGAGCGCGACGCUACACGAUGUGUUAUAUGGGUAUUCGUUGUAGUAGUCAAACAGAUAGCGGGACGGAAGACGUCGCGCCCGGCGCGGCGUGACGGCAACUUUAUAUUCGACAGCAAAAAUGGACAUGGAGAGAGUUGAAAAACUAAUCGAAAGUGUUCGAGCACAUUUUAUGUAUGAUUUGGUCCAUUCCCAAUACAAAAUUGCGAAUUUGAAAUCAGCGAUUUGGGAAUUAAUAGGACGAAAUCUCAAAGAGCUGGUUUGAAAAUGCUCGAAAAUAAUUCUCUCGAACUUGACGUAAAUUAUUUUUGUCGAGUGCGGCUGUUCGGCCGACGCGACGCUUGCGGGAUCAUCACGUCCGUAGUGUGACAUCCACGCCGCGUCGCCGUCACGUCAGCGCUCCUUCACCGUCCCGCCCCGUCCGCUGAUUGACCAAACCUUAAUAGGCUCGUGUUAAAUUAAAACGUUUUCAUUGUUUACAAUGUAGAUUUCUGCAAAUUUAUCUUUCUUCUCAGACAAAUAUUAGUUUCUUUCCUGUUUUAGAAUAGGCUGAAUGUUUGUAUUUUUCGUAAUUUCACUUUACUAUGUAGUAGUACGUAGAGUCUAAUCAUUACUAAUUUAGUAGUCCAAAUAUGAAAAUAUUAAGCCGGGUCCAGACGAGUGUAACGUGUAAUGGUGGGUACAGACUGGUGAAACGUAACAUGAAAUGUAUUAUUCUGCCUUUCAUUGCAUGUUCGCUGCAAGCGUGGACGCAUAGCGCGCUCUUAACGCGCAUUCACUACGAACCUCCCGCGUUCGUCUUGAUCCGCCAUUCUGCCGCGAACACGGCCCUUCGAUACACGUUUUUAAACCGGUAGAUCACACGAAGCAUGGAGUC